AUGUCUGAAUAAAUACUAAACUAAUAUCUUUUCAACAACUUAAACAAGUAUGAUCUUAGGAGCAAUCUGCAAGACCAAUUGACAGUAUUCGGCUAUUCCUUUAUCUUUUGGGUUGCAUACUUUUUCGUUGUUAAUAAGGUAGUAGAAGUUAAAGGAGUCAGCUUAAAAAGCCUAAAUGACAUAAAAAAUAGAAUAGUCUCUGCAACACAUGGGCUCUCUAUCGUAUUUUUGACUAGCUACCACAUUACAUUUCAUAAUCCAUAGCUAGAUAGCUCAAAUACAGAUUUCCAAUAAUUUAUAUUCAUAUUUUCUAUAGCCUAUUUUUUGUAUGAUUCUAUAGCCUGUCUCUAUUAUGGCAUAGAUGGAUUAGGUAUUGCUAUUCAUCACGUAAUGGUAGUCGUCGCUUAUUUAUCUUCUAUGACCGCCUUAUACGGAGGAGUCGAAUGCAUGUAUGCGUUAUUUUUUGCAGAGUUAAGUAACUUCCCUAUGAAUGCCAGACAAUGCGUGAGAUCUAUGAAUUUAAGAUACACAAACCUCCAUGAAUUUUUCGAAUACACCUUCAUUAUUCUCUACAUAAUUGCAAGAGGUGUUUUUGUUCCAUUUGCAGUUGCUCACUGCGUUAGAUCUGCAGUAUGUCCUACCUUAUUAAAAAUAAUAUGUCUUGGUUUAUUCGCUUAAUCUAUCUACUAUAUUUUUGAAAUGCUAAAGGGAAUUAAGAGAAGAGGAAAGUAACAAAAGGAAAGAAAGUAAAAAAAUAUUCAAUAUUUCUGGUUCUAAGAAAACCCUGAAGUUUAAUAGCUCACAUACUACAGAAAAAUAGAAUGA